AUGGCCAUGCAACUACGGUCCCAUACCCAUAUACCUCUCCCAGAACAUAACAAGGACACGCUUAAGCUGUGCAAGUCUGCUCGUUCGAAGACCCAUGUCGUGGAGGCAGCUGGUAGCGAGGAAGCCACGACAUCGUCGGCGGCGAUGCCUAGGUCACAGGUGGCGUGCAAGGAUCGUGAGCCGCACGACCCUACCCCGAAUCCACCAGGCUCUUGCGCGUCGGCGCCUGCCGCGACGCAGCCUGACGAGAAUAAGGAAAAUAUUGCGCCAAUCCGCCAGGUCAGCGAAUCUGUACUGGUCCAAGAGGCAGAGACGCAGCGAAGUUGGGAAUCGAUUGCUAUGCGAACACGGCACCGUCAGCGAGCGAGUGAGGCUACCAGGGCUGUACGUUCCAAUGCAACGUCUGUACCACUGCUUCCACGUCCUCCUACUACCCCCAAAAAACGCUCCUUACCUACGCCGCCGCCGUCCCUACACCACCAGUCUGAUACCCCUGGCACGAAACGUGCGAAAGUAGAAUGGGACGAGUCGCUAAUCUCCCCACCUAUGACGCCCACCAAACCCAAAAGCGUGUAUGCGCAAGCGCGAGCUGCGCUGCGUGAAAAUGGCGCGAUCGUCGGUCGUCAGCAAGAACGCGCUCAACUUCACUCGUUUUUACAAGCAUGCUGGGCCGGGCAGCAUGACUCCCAUUGUCUCUAUAUUUCCGGUAUGCCUGGCACAGGCAAAACUAUGCUGGUUCGCGACGUGGUACGAGAACUCGUCGAUGCAAGUCAUGUUUAUAUCAACUGCGUCGGUCUCUCUCACCCGCAGCACAUUGAGGCGCAGUGGGCGCACGCCCUGGGUGUUGAAAGUCUUACGGAUGAGACCACAUGGCCUCAGACAAGCGUACCGCCCAAGCCACUGGUCAUCGUGAUCGAUGAGAUGGAUCUGCUGCUGCACUCGCAGGCCCACCAAGCGCUACUGCAUCGCUUGUUCUGCCUGCCGAAGCAGCUGCAAAACUAUGCGCCUGUCGCACUGAUUGGGAUUGCCAACUCGUUGGACUUGACAGAACGAUUUGUCCCUCUGCUGCGCAGCAAAGGUAUCCCUCCGUCCAUGCUGCAUUUCGCACCGCUACAGGCCGACCAAGUGUGUGAGUUGCUCACAUCGCGACUUCAUAUGACGCCUGAGCUUGUAUCGAAACCAGCUCUCCAGCUCUUGUCCCGCAAGCUCACGGCCACCUCGGGCGAUAUCCGGCGUGCACUGGAUGCGUGUCGUCAAGCGCUAGAGCUGGCGGAAAGCGAUCAGCUUACCAAGGGAGGGCAGCCUUGUGUGACACCCACGCACAUUCUUCGUGUGUUGGCGCACAUGACAGGCAACGCACAAAUGGCGCGAAUUCGGUCGCUGGGCGUCCAUGCCAAGCUGCUGCUCCUUGCAUGGGUCAUUCUCCAGCAGCAGGCUGCAUCAGGUCUUUCCAAGGAAGCAACGCGCGGAGAUGGCGGCGUGUUGCUGUCCGACUUGGAAAUGGCCUACGCAGGCAUGCUGCAACAGGACGCUGCUUUUGUGUCGCCACUUGGCAAUUCGGAGUUGCUGGAUGUACUGGAACGUUUGGAAGUACAAGGCCUCAUUCGUAUGCAUGCCGAAAUGGGCGGUGGAAGCAUGUCGUCUUCCUACACCAAAACAAGCUCUCGCACCAGUGCGGCUGCACCUCCCGCCAAGCGGCUGUCGCCCAGUGCCAAGCGUGCAGCAGCCAAGCAGAUGCUCUCGACCAACCGGCGCAUUGCGCCUACCGUUGACCGUGCUUGCAUUGUACGUGCUCUGACAAGUGGAGCGGAGAGCGGCUCAGAAAGCAGCCACACGCAGACGGUGGUGGAUGCGAUGAGUCGUCUACUGCGACAUGCAGACAAUGACAUUGCGCGUAGAACGGUGUGGCGCAACGAAGAAGCGGACCGAGCACGCACGCGACGUGAAGAGCUGGGCGGGGGGCGUACCGCUACGUCGGAUCUGUAA